AUGGCUUCUGCAGGUGCUUUCCCGACGUCGAUGACUCGACCUGAGUCAAAGGAUGGCUCCAAGGACGACGAGAAGGACCUCGGAAUCGAGCCAGUGACCACCACUGAAAUGGGCCAUUCGGAAGAGUACACGGAGGAGGAUUACAAGAAGUUGACGCGGAAGAUUGACCGAUAUCUCAUUCCAACCAUGUUCUUCAUGUAUGGCAUCCAACAGACCGACAAGACGUCCAUCAGUAUUCAAGCGGUAUAUCUUCAGCUCUUGACUCCAAUGGCUUAG